AUGGAUUAUAUGCUUUUCGAUUAUGCCUUAAAUGAGUUGGGACAUGGGAUUGGAGUUGUACUAAUUUCUCCAAAAGGAAAGGUUUUCCCCCUAACGACCAAGUUAUGUUUUGAAUGCACUCACAAUAUUGCGGAAUAUAAAGCUUGCAUUAUGGGAUUUCAAGUAGCAUGUGACAUGAGUAUUAAAAAGUUGAAAGUUUUGGGUGACUUAAUGUUAGUAAUAAAUCAAGUUAAGGAAGAAUGGGUAUCAAGAGAUGCUAAAUUGGUGCCUUACAGCCAAUACGUUACAAAAUUAUCUCAAAAUUUUGAGAAAAUUUUAUUGGAUCAUGUUCAUAGAGAAGACAAUCGAAUGGCAGAUACAUUAACCACCUUGGCAGUGAUGUUUAAUCUUAAUCUUGAAUUUGAACUUCAUCAAAUCCAAAUUACAAAGCGAGAUGUGCCAGCAUAUAUAAUGAAUGUUGGAAAUGAUAACAAGCCAUGGCAUUUUGACAUUAAGGAUUACAUAAAGUGUAAAGAAUGUCCAUAUGGAGGUUGA